GCAAAUGUGGAGUGAUGUGGAACGUUAGCAUCAAUAUGUAUAUUCGGUUCGAAAAGUCACGCAUUCAUCCAUUGAAAUGCAAACUCGUUGUUGAAGUAUGGUGCACGCAAUAUAAAGCAAUAUCGGUACUUAGGUAAUCAAUAAGGCAAAAGUCAAUUGGUUUUUGGAAAGUAAAGUUGUUCGUAGUGUGAAAGCGGGCAAAGAAAAAAUGGAAAGAAAGUUGCACAGUGGUAUCCAUCAUCCUACAUUGCGUAUGCUGCAGGAAUCAGGUUGCGAAAUAACGCCGCACAAUUUAAUGUAUCCAAUUUUUGUUAUUGGAGAUGACGACGUUGUGGAGCCUAUUAAAAGCAUGCCAGGUCAAUCACGUAUGGGUGUCAAUCAGCUGAGAAAAUUUAUUGAACCUCUCAUACCAAAGGGGCUUUCUUCUGUUCUCUUAUUUGGUAUUGUAGACUCUAAUUUAAAAGAUGAACGAGCUACUAAUGCAGACUCAGAAAUAAAUCCAGUAAUUCGAGCAUUGCCUCUUUUGAGAAAGUGGUUUCCUAAUCUUUUAAUUGCCUGCGACGUUUGUCUCUGUCCUUACACGAAACACGGACAUUGUGGAAUACUUGGUGAAAAUGGACUUUUGAACUCUCAAAGCAUUGAACGAUUAGCGGAGGUUGCUGUUUCCUAUGGGCGUGCGGGAGCACACAUUGUCGCUCCUUCCGAUAUGAUGGAUAAUCGUAUUCGUGCUAUUAAAGAAGCACUGAUAGCAGAGAAUUUGGAAAACCGUGUAUCUUUGCUGUCUUACUCAGCUAAAUUCGCAUCAAACUUUUAUGGUCCUUUUCGCGAUGCUGCAAAGUCUGCGCCAGCGUUCGGAGAUCGCCGUUGCUAUCAGCUUCCCAGUGGCUCCAAGGGUCUGGCAAUAAGAGCUGUUCAAAGAGAUGUUGUAGAAGGAGCAGAUAUGCUGAUGGUGAAACCAGGCAUGCCUUACCUUGAUAUAUUGCGUCAGACAAAAGAUACUUAUCCCAGUCAUCCGCUGUAUGUGUAUCAAGUUAGUGGGGAAUAUUCAAUGCUCUAUUUCGCUGCCCAAAACGGAGCUUUUGAUCUGAAGGAAGCUUUAAUGGAGACAAUGAAGGGAUUUCGUCGAGCGGGAGCUGAUUGCAUUAUUACCUAUUUCACGCCAACAUUGUUAGAUAUUUUACUUGAGCUUAAAUAACGUUGUAGGUUGAAGUUGCUUUCAUUUUUAGUAUGAGCAUGCAAAUGCAUAAGCGUUAUAUCCGUAUCGAACUUGACUUUAUAUAAUUGGGACUAGUGCUAUUAAUUAUCAAGAAUUGAAAUUUACCGCCUUAUGUACAUUGUAUUUGCAUUUCAAUUAAUCACUGUCUAAAAUAGAAUACUUUAUGUAGGGCUGUGUGAAAUUCAUAUUUACGAUAAAAGUUCAUAUAGGAAAAUCGCCUAUUUUAUUUGAAUAGCAAUAUUUCGAAAGUGUAGCGACCUCCGUAGAAUAUGACUGGACUUCUAGCUUAAUUUUUUCGAUACUUAUUGUUAAAUAGAAAAUAACACCAAACUAUAUUUUUUAAUUUCAGAUGGCCUAUACUAAGUAAAUUCUAUUUCAAUGUAAAAACUGACGACUUUAUGACAAAUAAAUAACUUUUUGUCCGUGAAGAAUUA